AUGUCCGGGAAACCGAUUUUCUGUGCUACCCACCCCAGGGCCUGCUCAACGGCCUUCGAGCGAGUCUUCAUGACCCGCCGGGAUCUUCAAUGCGUACACGAGCCUUUUGGCGACGCAUACUACUUUGGACCUGAGCGUAUUGGUUAUCGAUAUGAAGGCCCCGAGAUGGAGAAGGAGAGGCAGGAGAGUGGCUACGCCAACAGCACAUACCGUACGAUUUUUGACAGGAUUGCGAAAGACAACGCCGAGGGCAAACGCGCCUUCAUCAAGGACAUGGCACAGUACUGGAUCCCACCCCAGGGCAAGCCCAGACCGACGACAAUCUGCCCAUCAAUGUCCAACUACCGCCGCGGUGUCGGAACAAAUACCACCGAACUUUCACCCGUACAGACGAGGGAAGAUCGCUCAGGCGAACCAUACCCGUACGACACGAGAGGAGAACCCGGCAAUCCAACGGUCCUUCCCAAAGGCCUCCUUGAGACGUACCACUUCAUCUUCCUCAUCCGCCACCCCAAAUACAGCAUUCCCAGCUACUACCGCUGCACACUUCCUCCGCUGAGCAAGCUGACUGGCUGGGACUAUCUUCGUAAAGAUGAGGCUGGCUACGUCGAGCUUCGCGAGUUGUUUGACUACCUCCGCAAGGAAGGUAUCGUCGGCCCCAAGUCUGCUGGUCAGACUGGCGAGACAAACGGCACCAACGGCAAUGGGCAGGGCGUAGAAAUCUGCGUUGUUGACGCUGAUGACCUACUUGACAACCCGUCCGGCAUGAUCGAAGCUGUGUGCAAGACCACUGGAAUCGACUACAAACCAGAAAUGCUAGUAUGGAACACCGAAGAAGACCAGGCGCUCGCCAAGAGGGAGUUUGAGAAGUGGAAGGGCUUCCACGAGGAUGCUAUUGACAGCACCGAGCUACGAGCCAGGACUCACAAGAAGGUGCAGAAGACCAGAGAGCAGGAAGACGCCGAGUGGAAGGAGAAAUACGGUGAAGACGGCGCGAAGUUCAUCCGUGAGACUGUGGAUGAGAACGUGGAGCACUACGAGUACCUGAAGCAAUUCGCCAUUAAGGUCUAA